UGGCUAUCAAGUAACCAACAUCUUAUUUCAGCUUUGAUGAAACCCAUUUUGGCAAAUCGUAUUGUCGAUACAUUAUCCUUCGCGUCUUUGGAAGCAUUUCAGCAGUGCGAUGGUUUCCGAUAUCACCUGCUCAAUCAAACAAGAUCCGGUAGUGCAAGAUGUGACUACCUUCACUGCCUAUCGCAUGCAAGGAAAGGGCGCACAACGCCAAAUAUCAGCAGAAGAGGGCGUUCGGCGAGUGCUGCGCAUGGCUGUCUUUGAUUAUCCCGGCGCCGUCAUGGUAAAAAUCAACCGUGCCAAUGGUGCCAUUCGUUUGGAUAUUCAGCACGGAGAACAUAAGCGUCCAGACCGUAACAGUCAAGUUGCAGGGCCUCUACCGCUUCCGAGGUUUCCCCAGCACAAGACGCAUGUCAACGUGCCUCAUGAAUCGUCAUCGAGUUCAGCCCCCCUGACUUGCGCUGUUCAAUUGCAUUCGCAGACACAUGAUAUCAGCACCACUGACGUGACAGGAGAAGCUGCAAAAGAUCUGAUAAACCUAAAACAUGCAGUGAGACGCUCAUUUACUCCGUUGCUCUUGGAAAAAAAUGGCGACUAUGUGGACCAACGAAAACUCUGUUGGAUUCCCUGAACUUUGACUUCGCUGUUAAUCCCUUCCUCCUGCAAGCAGUCGCGAAGCUCCACACUGGUACGCUGAUAGUCGAUACGGAGUCUGUACAUUUCCCAAACCAGCUGGAGCAAAAUGGCGAUUAUGUCGAACCCACGAAAGCGCUUUUGGAUUCCCUCAACUUUGAAUUCGCCGGCAAUCCUUCCCUCCUCCAAGCAGUGGCGAAGCUCCACCCCGGCGCAUGUUAGUCGAUACGGAGUCCGUAUAUUCCCACUGCUGGAAAAAAAUGACGAUUACGUUGAACCAACAAAAACUCUGUUCGAUUCCCUGAAUUUCGAAUUCGCCGUUAAUCCCUCCCUUUCGCAAGCAGUCGCGAAAGCUUC